AUGUCAUCAGCAUUGGCUAUUGUUGGUAUCGGGGAAGUUUGCAAUUUUGCAGCUUAUGCCUUUGCUCCCGCGAUUCUCGUGACACCUCUUGGCGCCCUCAGUGUCCUUAUCGGCGCCGUCUUGGGAUCAUAUUUCUUGAAAGAGGAGCUUGGAACCCUGGGCAAGCUGGGCAGUGCCAUCUGCCUCAUUGGAGCUGUAGUCAUUGUCCUUCAUGCUCCUCCCGACGAGGAAAUCGAGACCAUUGACCAGAUUCUGGACUAUGCACUUCGACCUGGCUUCCUCUUGUAUGCCAUUACCGUUGUCGCAUUUGCAGUCUUCAUGAUCUACAGAAUCGCACCUCAAUACGGCAAGAAGAACGCCCUCAUCUACCUGUCCAUCUGCUCAACCGUCGGCUCCAUCUCCGUCAUGUCCGUCAAAGCCUUUGGCAUCGCUCUUAAACUUACUUUUGCUGGCAACAAUCAGUUCAGCCACCCGUCAACUUAUGUAUUCUUGAUCUUGACAGCCGUCUGUAUCCUGACGCAGAUGAACUACUUCAACAAGGCCUUGGCCUCGUUCCCUACUAAUAUUGUCAAUCCUCUCUAUUAUGUGACAUUUACCACAGCCACUCUCUGUGCCUCAUUCAUCUUAUUUAGCGGCUUCAACACAACUGAUCCAGUCAACACGCUUUCGCUGCUUUGUGGUUUCCUGGUCACCUUUACUGGAGUCUACCUGCUGAACCUUUCUCGUGGCGACCCCAACGGUCAAAAACUCAUUGCCGGCCGAGGCGGAUAUGAUGCAACACCCACUGACAUGGUAUCUGGAUUCCAAACACGUCGCAGCAUGCAAGCCCGGCGCAGCGGAGACCCAUCACGGCAUAGCAUGGGAAGUCUUCACAGCGACAGAGAAGGCCUGAUCCGGGCUUACGACGAAGAGGAAGCCGCAGGAUUUGGACUCACUGACCUUGCGGAGGAGAGUGAAGACGAAGGUAGCCGCUCCAAUGGCAAAGCCAAUGGCAAGAAGGAACCGUGCGAGAAUGGCAUCGAAUUACAAAACCAGAAAUCCACUGAGAGAUAA